UAAAAGCAAGCGAUCGAUCGAUCAAUCUACAGGGUUCCAGUGCUGAUCAACUCGUUCUUCCGAUGGAAGCUCGCAGUUCCGAGGGCAUGAGUUUGCGGCCGAGGAGAAAACCCUUCGCCGAUAUCACCAACGCUUCAUCCCUUCACUCUUCUACUGCGACCGAUUCAGUGAAACCUAAGCCCAAACUCAAGAUUAGUCCAGAGUACUCCAGCUCCAAAUCUUCCGUCUCCAGCUCUGGAUCCACCAACCCCAAAAAUACUGGAGAUCGCGAAUCCCUCAAAUGUACUCCUGUAGCCAACGGAUCCUCGUUGAUUUCGGUUUCAGGUGUUUUCAGCAGCAUAAAAUGUGGAUUUGUUGGCAACGAAAAAGGUGAACAAUCUAGUGUUAGAUGGCAAUACGUUAAAGAGAAACGAAAAGAGCAAAAGGAUGUUUCAUUAAGAGCAUCAUCUAGUUGUCCUCCACUAGGAAGAAGCAGAAGAGUUCGGAAAAACUUGUCGAUGAAGCAUGAAAUGAGUCAGAAUGAGGCAUUUUCAGAACCUUAUCGGAAAAAGAAAAAAAGGCAACGUUGCUCGGGAUCAGCUGGUGAAGAUAUUCCGCUUCAGGAUUUCAUCCAGAAACAGAGGGCCUAUUUUGCUGAAGUUGAUUCGUUUGAGCUGCCCGAGGAGGAGGUCUCAGAAAGCGAAUUAGAAUGAUAAAUUUGCAUUUACAACUCAACAAUUAGUAUAAUGCAGCAAAUUUGGUAUUAUGUAAGUAGUCGAAUUAACUAAUCCGUGGUCCACGUUGUAAUUUUCUAAUAUCUUGGCCAGCACUGAUAUAACGUAAUAUUUGAUUGUAAAUGUGUAAUCUUCUUUUCUUGAAA